CUUUGAAAUCAUUGCUGGAGUCAGGUAACUUCGGAUGCCUGCAUAUUUGAGUCUGCAGGCAAUUCCAGCUCAGCAGGACUGUGGCAGUUUCCUGUUUCUUUAAGAGAAGACUCUAAUUGCCCCACAUGACAGGGUUUGAAACUAUGCAAUCUUCAAGUUACAGUGUUACUUUCACUUUCCAACUCGGCAAAUGCUGCAAGCUUAAAGCACAUUUUAUCAGUUUGGAACAAAAACCUAUUUCUUAAACAACAAAAAGAAGUAUGGAAAAGCAGUGAGAAAAUGCUCCAGCUUUUUUAUAGCCAGAAUUAGCUGAGCAUCUUGAUAAACUGGAAUAGUCAAUUAACAUGUAAUUAUCUCAACAAAAGGAAUAAGGUCAGACCACACUCUGAAGAUUUAAAAUGUCUAGGAAGAACCAACCAGAUCAAGUUACAGUGACGAUGAAGGUUCUCUCAUCCUGUCCUAGCUCCAUAGGCAGCUCUUCUCUGCCCGGUUUGAUCAUUUUCUUCAUUACUUUUCAUAUUCACAAGCUGGAAUCAGCCCAGUUCAAAGUGAAUGGUCCUGGUCACCCUAUAACUGCCAUUGUGGGUGAGGCCGUUGUGUUACCCUGUUGCCUGUCCCCCAGGAUGAGCGCUGAGAACAUGGAGGUGAGAUGGUUCCGAUCUGAGUUCUCUUCAGUUGUUCACCACUAUCGUGAGUUCAAGGAUCAGUAUGGGCAGCAGAUGGCAGAAUACCAUGGAAGGACAGAGUUAUUGAAAGAUGGCAUCCUGGAUGGGAAUGUUUCCUUGCAGAUUCUUAAUAUCAGAAGCUCUGAUGAAGGACAAUACAACUGCUUUGUUCAAGAUGGUCUUUUUUAUGAAGAAGCUUUGUUGGAACUGAAGGUUGCAGGUUUAGGCUCCAAUCCUCUUAUCUCUGUGGAUAGUUACCAGGACGGAGGGAUCCGGGUGCUUUGCCAAUCAACUGGGUGGUAUCCAGAGCCAGAGGUACUGUGGAGAGAUCUCAAUGGGCAAGAAUUAUCAUCGCUCUCUGAAGCAAAAUCCCUGGGGGAUAAUGUCCUGUUUGAAACAGAAAAUUCUGUUGUUAAAAGACAUUCAAACCAAAACUUGUCCUGUUGGAUCAGGAACACCUUUCUCAAUCAAGAAAAGGAAUCAACAAUUUAUAUAGCAGAUCACUUUUUCCCAAGACUGAAUCCCUGGAUGGUGGCUCUGUGUGUGAUCCUGGUGGGUUUGUUUGGUGUCAGUGGCCUCACUGUUAAAUAUUUAUUGAAAAUAAAAGGAGAACGGGAUAGAGAAAUUGGGGAACGUGAUCAAACAAUUCGUAAGUGUCAUACUCUUUCCUCCGACAAGGAAAAGGUUGUACAAAUUUGUCUCCUCAUAAGACUGCGGUUUAUUUACUUUCUUGGGUGGGAUUUUAUUAACCAGCAAAAGAUUAAAACCCUGAUGCUGCACCAUUCCUUUAAAUCUACAUUAGCUAAAAAAUAUUUUUCAAUAACUUGUAUGUACUUCUGUUUGCUUCAUUUUAUUUCCUUAGAGAAACAUCUUAGUAAAAUCGAGAAACAAGGUGCAGUAAUUAGUGACCUUCAAAGAGAACUUGACUGGAGAAGGAUCAUAGUCUGUCCAGGUCUGGGAAGAACCACGCCACCUGUAGAAGAAGCAAAUGUGAUUCUGGACCCAGACACGGCUCAUCCUCAGCUCUUCCUGUCUGAGGAUCGGAAACAUGUGAAAUGGGAAGACGCACGGCAGGAGCUGCCUGACAGUCUUGAGGAAUUUGAACCUGAUCCCUCAGUGCUGGGCUGCGAGGAAUUCACCUCAGGGAGACAUUGCUGGGAGGUGGAGGUGGAGAAGGGAGGAUCCUGGGCUGUGGGGGUGGCCAGGAAAUCUGGGAGCAGAAAGGGAGGGAUCAGCCUUAACCCUGAGGGUGGGAUCUGGGCUGUGCAGCGGUGCUGGUGGGGUCAGUUCCAGGCUCUCACCUCCCCUGCUGUGACCCCUCUGCCCCUGACCUGGGGCCCCAGCAGGAUCCGGGUUUGUCUGGACUGCGAAUGGGGGCAGGUGACAUUUUUUGAUGCUGGUAAUGAGGCCCCAGUCUUUACUUUCCCGCCAGCCUCUGUCACUGGGGAGAGAUUUCAACCCUGGCUUUGUGUGGGGGACUCAGAAACCCAGCUCAGAUUGUAUCCCUGAGACAUGGCGAGGGCUGGGGGGGGACAUAUCCAGUGGUGAGCUGGAGCCGGUUCCCACAGCUCCAAGAACCAGUUGCUAAAAUAAGACCUCUGUGGAGAACCGAUUGUUAAAGGGCCAGGGAAUGGGCAAAGAAAUCCAGUCCACGGGCCAGA